AUGACUCUGAAUAUAUCCAGAUGGUCGGGAGAGUCCCCAUCCAGCUCCCAAUCACAAUGUGGCAACAAUAUGACCGACUGGGAGCAGCGCAUGGACAAGAUGUACACAUACUUCUACCUGAUCCUCUUCAUCCCUGGUCUGCUUCUCAACACCUACGCUCUCUGGGUCCUCUGCAGAUACAUUAGGUACAUGCAAACAAACACUAAUGUCAUGCUUAAAAACACUCAGGAUAUGGCUAACUCUUGUGUUUGUUGCCCCACAGUAAGAAGACCAAGGCAGUGAUCUUUAUGAUCAAUCUGGCAUUAGCGGACCUGGCCCACAUCCUCUCCCUGCCCUUCAGGAUCUACUAUUACUUCACACACAUCUGGCCCUUUGGACGAGGCAUCUGCUUGUUCUGCUUCUACCUAAAAUACCUCAACAUGUAUGCAGCUAUAGUCUUCCUGGUGAGCAGACAGUGAUGUUUGGAGGAGACAGAUGUCUCACUUUGGGAGUUGCCUUGUUUUGAUCAUUGUAGAUUUACUUCAAAUCAUUUUCAUGCCACUAUUUUUCUGAUUCCAGGUAUGUAUCAGCAUCCAGAGGUGUGUUUUUCUGCUCAAUCCCUUCGCUGCUCGCAGGUGGAGGCGCCGGUACGACCUGUUGAUCAGUAUCAUCGUGUGGCUGGUUGUUGGUUUGGCCUGCUCCCCGUUCAUCCUGAUGCGGAGCAGCAGUGCCCCUACCAGCCCUGGUAUCAGCGCACAGACAGACUAUAACAAGACCUAUUCUCUUGACAACACAACAGGACAAGUUCUCUUUACCGCCACUUCACCUUUGGGUUCAAACCCCAGCAGAUCCAACUCCACAAUGGGCUGUUUCAAGGAUCUGCCUAUGCGUCGUCUGCCUCCCUACCUCGCCCUAACAAUGAUGGCUCUUGCUGAGCUGUUUGGUUUCAUAAUCCCUUUGGUCUGCAUCACUUAUAGCUCCUGUCGCAUCGCCUGCUCCCUCAACCAGAGAUACUCCGAAGACCAGCAAAACUUCCCCACACUCAAUCCUUCAGCACGCAGCAGACUGCAGUCAAUCACUUCAAACGGUCAGAGUGAUAAACACCAUGAAAAACUGACGACUGGUGAGAAGCGCCGUGCUCUGCAGAUGGUGCUGAGCUGCAAUGCCCUCUUCUUGAUCUGCUUUGUCCCCUACCACAUCAACUUCAUGCUCUACCUCAUGGUAUCGCAGGACAUCAUCUCCCACUGUGCUACAAGGGUGGCUGUGCGUCAGUUCCACCCCGUGUCCCUUUGCCUUGCCAGCCUGAGCUGCUUCCUCAACCCUCUGCUUUAUUAUUUUCUGACAGCUGAGUUCAGGCAGCACAUAACCAGGCGCACCUCCUCCUUCACCUCCUCACUCCUCUCUUCUCCUAGUAUGAGCUCCCCGCCCCUGCGCCCUGCACAGCAGAGAAUGAUAAGCAUGGAGAGUAGCUGCUCUGACAAGUAG